AUGAUUUCCAUUGGCAUUAAUAUUUUUAAAUUCCAGGCCACCAAGAAACAACGUUUUUCAAUUUUUUACCAAGUCGCCCUUUCCCUUGCUAUAGCUGAAGAAAGAUAUAGUUUUGAGCAUCGAGAUCUACAUUACAGCAAUAUAUUAAUCAGCGAAGUUACUACUAGAGAAAGAGAACGUCGAGAUAAAAUUUGUUAUUACUACAAUGGUGAAAAAAUUGAAGUCCGUUCUCAUGGUGUACAUGCUUCAUUAAUCGAUUUCAACAAUUCUCGGAUGACAGAUGAUGUUACAAGACAGUCUGUUUUUGUUAAAUUUGCUGUUAAACCAUAUAAAAAAGGAGAUGAUUAUCAAUUCAAAAUUUACCCAAUGAUGAAAAAACUAAAUGAUGAUGAUUGGUCAACAUUCCAUCGCAAAACAAAUCAUUAUUGGCUACAUUACCUUUAUGACAAAUUAUUUAAAGACAGACGUUUUACACUGAAAGAACGAGAAGAUUUCGAAAAGAUUUUUGGUCGUUUAGUAUUAAAGACAGAAGAAGGAGGAUUUGAAACAACUAAAGAUUUUUUGGAUAAUGAAGAAGUUAGAGAAAUAUUUGAUCAUUACGUUUUUUGA